AUGCUUAUAUUUCUCUUUUAUUAUGCAUAUUCAUAAUUCAUACAAGAAGGAAUAUCAAUUUUGGAGAAAGGCAUGAAGAUAUCAUAAGAUAGAGAUUAGAUAUAUUCGAAUUGUCCAUAGAUUUUGAAUUCUAUUUGUGAUAAGCGAUUACCUUCUAUAUCGAAUUAAGACUAGGAAAUUAUAAAUUUUAUUCAGCUCUAAGUAAGUUGUUAUAAAUAAAAAGGCUUAAUAAGUGUUGGAGUAAUUAGAGCCUGAAUAAAAUACGCAUUCGUAUUAUAAUAAAAAUAUCAACAAAUUAUUUUAAGAAAUAGUUUUAUAUGAUCAAAACGAAGAGUUGCUUUCAUUUAAAUUUGAAUUUAGUUAAUUUUAUUAGAAAAAAGAAUUGUAGCGAAUUCAGUAUAAGUAUUACAUAGACUUUAAAAAUCGAUCAGCCAUUCUAAUGAAUUCUAAAAAUAACAGUUUGUAAGAAUUUAACACGACUAUGUAUAUGAAAUUUUCAGAUUUUUAUAUACCUUCUAGAAGUAAUUUAAUUACUCAACAAUUCGGAUCGCUCAAUACUUUGUAUCCUCCAGAUGGUUUUAAUAUAAGAACUGCAGAAUAGAAUGGAUCUAUAUACUUUACUAAACCAGUUUACUUAACUUAAUUUUACGCCUUUAGUUACCACUUAAAUUCCAUCAUUCAAAUGAACUAUAACAAUUAAACUAUUAAGAUGGUUUCAAUUCCCAUAAGCAAAAAAUGGAUUCUAAUACAUGGUCCAUCUGGCUAACUAAUUAAUAAUAUAACUGUUGACAAGGAUAUACACAUUGACUCAAUUGCUAUUAAAGUGUAGAAACAACCAUAUACAAAAUAACAGAUAAAGGCAUUAGUAAUUGAAAAGCUUCUAGAACAAUACUAUCUAUUGCAUUCAGAAUCACUAAUUAACGCAUUGAAAAUAGAGGAAGAUUAAAAUUCUGAUUAACCUAAUAAGUAGAAAGUUGUUGAUACUACUGACGAUUUGUAUUAAUAAACAAUAAAGGUAUUUUUGGAAUUCUUAGAAUUAAUUUUGGCUAGGAUCAAACAAAUAAAAAAAUAAAAAUAAUAUGAAUCAUUGAAUUCUGAUCAAAUAAAAGAUAUUUUAUUAGAUGUAUGUAAGUAUUUGAUAAUAAAAAGAUUGAAAAUGAGAUGACACAAAAUGAAGUCUUGAUAUUUUAGAGUUUGUUUUCUAAUUUCAUAAUAGAGAAAUAUAAUGAGGAUGACAUAAUGUUAAUGCAUUAAAAGUUACUUUAGAUGGACAAAGGAUUAUAAGAUAAAAAAACAAAAGAUUGA